AGGUAACGCGGAAGAACCGGGAGGGUGGCGGCCUCAGGCGCAGGAUCAGGCAGCCCUGACGCUCAGGAGCUCGGCUACUGAAAACCAGAACGGCUACGUGUUGUAGACGGAAGCCUACAGUUUCUGCAUCCAGGCUGGAGACAGUAAAGAUUGCUGCAAGUUCAAGGCCAGUGAGCUCCAGGCCAGCAUGGGUUAAGCAAGUUGAAGACCAGCCUGUGCUACUGAAUAAGUUUGAGGGUAGUUUGGGUUACAGAGUACAUUCGAGCCCAGCCUGGGCCACACAGUGAGUUGAAGACCAGCCUUGGCUAUAUAACAAGGACAGCCUAUGCUACAUACUAAGACCCCGUCUCAAACAUCCAUAAAAACAAUAUAGAAAAAAAAAAAAAAAAAACAGAAGAAGCGACAGCUCCUGGGAGAAGACUCUGGAAAUGAGCUCAGGAACUGCCCUGUGCGCAGGCUGGAGCAUGGGAACCCCGAAACCGCGGAUCUUGCCAUGGCUGGUGUCGCAGCUGGACCUGGGGCAGCUGAAAGGCGUGGCCUGGCUGGACGAGAGCCGUACAAAGUUCAGGAUUCCAUGGAAACAUGGCCUACGACAGGACACACAGAUGGCUGACUUCGGCAUCUUCCAGGCUUGGGCAGAAGCCAGUGGUGCCUACACCCCAGGGAAGGAUAAGCCAGACCUGUCAACCUGGAAGAGGAAUUUCCGGUCAGCCCUGAACCGGAAAGAAGUGUUGCGUUUAGCUGAUGAUCGGAGCAAGGACCCUUUUGAUCCUCAUAAAGUGUAUGAGUUUGUGACUCCAGGGGCUAGGGACUUUGUAUAUGUGGACACCUCUCCUGACACCAAUGGAAAAGGCAGUCUGUCUGAUCCCCAGGAAGACCUUUGGGAAUUACUCGAUGACAUGGCCUUGGUACCCCGCACAGAUGAAGGGUCCUCAGACCUGGCUAUUACUUCCGAUCCUUCUCAACUACUGCUAAGUCCCAAUGUGAAUAACUUCCCAAACCCAGGACCCCAGGAAAAUCCACUGAGGCAGCUGCUAGCUGAGGAACAAUGGGAGUUCGAGGUGACCGCCUUCUACCGAGGCCGCCAGGUCUUCCAGCAGACACUCUUUUGCCCAGGGGGCCUGCGUCUGGUGGGCAGCACAGCUGACAACAUGACACUGCCCUGGCAGCCAGUCACCCUGCCGGACCCUGAGGGGUUUCUGACAGACAAGCUUGCGAGGGAGUAUGUGAGGCAUGUACUCAAGGGGCUGGGCAAGGGGCUGGCACUGUGGCGGGCAGGACAGUGCCUCUGGGCCCAGCGCCUAGGCCACUCGCAUUCCUUCUGGGCUCUGGGUGAGGAGCUGCUUCCAGACAGUGGGAGAGGGCCUGUUGGAGAGGUACCCAAGGACAAGGACGGAGGCGUGUUCGACCUUAGGCCCUUUGUGGCAGAUCUGAUUGCCUUCAUGGAAGGAAGUGGACACUCCCCACGCUACACUCUGUGGUUCUGUGUAGGGGAAUUGUGGCCCCAGGACCAGCCGUGGGUCAAGAGGCUUGUGAUGGUCAAGGUUGUUCCUACAUGUCUUAAGGAGCUGUUAGAGAUGGCCCGGGAAGGGGGAGCCUCCUCACUGAAAACCGUGGACUUGCACAUCUCCAACAGCCAGCCUAUUUCCCUUACCUCUGACCAGUACAAGGCCUGCCUCCAGGACUUGGUGGAGGACAUGGACUUCCAGGCCACUGGAGAUAUCUGAGCCCUGCUCAGCUGCUACCAAUAAACCAGUUUAUGCCACUAUCACAAGUCUGCUGUUACACUGACCCUAGGCUGGUGGUUAUUGUACAGGAGUCUCAGUCUUCCCAUCUGCAGCUGAGGUUUAGGUGCUCAGUGAGGCACACAGACAAAAGACAGCAUGGCUGCCAGCUCUUAACCCCUCCCCAAGGUCCCAGAGAAAGUAUCACAAAGGAAGCAAGAGACAAGACAGGUCCAGGGCUACAUACUGUCCCAGCACAGAGCAAGGAAAGCUAUCCCAGGCUGUGAGCUACCUGAGUAGUGGUGGAUGGCAACCAGCAAGCUUGAUAUGGGGCAGGCUGACUCACCACCAUAGAUUGAGUCACUGCAGCCUCAUAGUGCUGCUGACCAGAGGCCACUCAGGUGCUACUGGGCCCUGCCUCCUGUUACUACCCCCACAUUCCUGAGUUUGGUGUGGCACCUUCAUGGUCCCCCCUUCACCCUAACUCUUUCCUCCUGAAAAAGAAAAAAACAUUUCAUG